CUCGCUGGCGCUGACCGUUGGGCCCGGGAAGACGUUGGAGCCGGCGGGCUUCGUCGUCCUGUCAGAGGGAGCUGCUGCAAUGGGUUGUGGAUUGAACAAACUGGAGAAGCAUGAUGAUAAACGACCUGGUAAUAUCUAUUCAACUUUGAAGAGGCCCCAGGUGGAAACCAAGAUAGAUGUUUGCUAUGAGUAUCGAUUCCUGGACUUCACAACACUAAAUGAUACUGAGCUGCCAGGAUCAUCUGCAAUCAAGCUCUCCUCCUUGUGUGAUCUUCCUGCUCAGCUGCAAGAAUUGUACCAGCAGGGCUUCGUCUUGGCUGCUGUCCACCCUUUCGUGCAACCAACUGAUGAAAAAGAGAAAACUCCUCAGGAACAAAUCUUCAGGGCUGUGCUUAUCAAGAAAACAGAAAGGUCUCCAAAAGGUGAUGUCCAUAGUGAAAGAUAUGUCUUGGAGGUAGAGUGCUGCUCCUCUUUAAACCAGCUUUCAGACAAAAAGGAGAUCCCAGAUUUUAUUAAGAAAAUUCAAGAUGCUGCGAGUCAGGGCUUGAAAUUUGUUGGAAUUAUACCUCAAUACCAUUCCCAAAAGAACUGUCUUGUCAGCACCUCCCUGACACCUGCCAGUAACAACUCUGUGCAAUCCAGAGAUAAUACAAAUGUUUCAAAUUACCUUGAGGAUCAUGCUUCACCGGAUGGUGAGAAAAUAGAUGGCAUUAAUGGAUGCGGCACUGCAGCACCAAGUGAGGAAAGUGCUGACCAAUGUGCCACAUCCAGGGAGGGCUGGAGAGGUGAAGGACAGGCUACUGAGGAGCUGAAGGGAAAUGAAGAGCAGCUUCAUCAUGCAAACCCAAGUGUAACAGAAGCAGCAGACAAGCUGAAUGGACUUGUGGAGAACGAAACGCCGGCACGAUGCUUAAAACCACUUACUGGCAAAGCAGAGAUCUUUGCUCUCUUCAACAAGCCAAAAAGCCCCCAAAAAUGCAGCCAGUAUUACACAGUGACUAUCCCGAUGAGGAUCUCCAGGAAUGGGCAGACUGUCAACAGCUUAGAAGCAAAUUGGCUGGAGCACAUGACUGAUCACUUCAGGAAAGGAGGCUCAUUGGUAAACGCAGUCUUCAGCCUUGGAAUGGUAAAUGAUUCUUUACAUGGGACAAUGGAUGGAAUAUUUCUCUUUGAAGAUGUUGCUGUGGAAGACAAUAAAACCAUGCAGGGCUAUGAUGCAAUUGUUGUAGAGCAAUGGACUGUCCUGAAGGGAGUUGAAGUGCAGACAGAUUACGUUCCGCUGCUGAAUUCCCUUGCCAUGUACGGCUGGCAGCUGACCUGCGUGCUUCCUACUCCGAUUGUGAAGACAAACAGGGAGGGAAAUUUAUCUACAAAGCAAAUUGUAUUUCUUCAGAGACCUUCUUUGCCCCAGAAAGCGAAGAAGAAAGAAUCUAAGUUUCACUGGAGAUUCUCCAAAGAAGAUAUGCACAACAAGCAAGUGAAGAAUUCCACAAAGGCUAAGUCAAGCACCAGGGAGAAGCAAAUGGCAGAGGAGAAGCAGGAGUUUGAAGUCACAGAGAACACAAGAAACUUAGAAGCACAGAUCCCAACAGCGGCCAAGGCGGAUCCGGAACAGCAGCUGGAUGAUGUCAUAGACUUGGCAGAGGAGGUUGCGGGGACCGAGGGCACAGGUACCCAUCUCAAGGGGGCGCUGGAAGAAACGUGUCCUGCCAGCUGCAACGCUGAUGGCAGUGAGGUGCAGGCCUGCCUCAGCCAGAGCUCCUCUGGCAGCUGCGUGGAACAGGUAACAGCGGGGGGAGACUGCGCUCCAGCAGCCGAGGGCUGCGGGAGCAGCGGAGGGGCAGCGGACGACUGCUGCGAGUAAGACCUGCGGGGCAGGACUCCUCUGGGUUGCUGAUACUCUGCCGAGACAGAAGAACAGAUCUUGCUCAUCACCACCGCUCACUGCUCAGCUCAGCACUUCUGUGGCAUUGUACUUACUUUGCUCCUUAGCACACCAAUAAAUGGAAGUUUUAAGUAACUACAGGUCUGGGCUUUUUAACCCACAGAAACCGAUUGCAAAAUGCUACCCACUGCCCUGUGCUGCCUCCUAGGGCUACACUUCAGAUUAAAAAGUAGGGGCAGAAAACGUACUUGGGUUUUUUCUGUGACCUUAGCAAACUGGUUUAGUGCCUGGGUCAGGGCAAACAUUUCACUUGGUCCCAUUUUACUCUAGAAUGCUUUCAUGUCCACGUAUCUCUGCUGAAGGUGUUAUUGUGCCAUGUGUUACUUGUCAUGAAGCUUGUAGUGUCAUGGAAAUGGUAUUUGGCCUUACACAGGCUAAAAUUGGAAAGCUUAGAUGAGGUGCCUGUUACCUGCAUUUAUCUCCAACAGCUUACUUGCUGAUGAUGCUCUCUUCUGAAUUUUAUUAACUUCUCCAGCUCCUUCAGCAAUAAGACAAUUCUGUACCUGUUUUUGGCACACUGGCUAAACAACCCUCCAGUAAACUUGUGUGAGGCAGAGGAUUCCAAUGUACAAUGCUAUUUCCUAUUCACUCACGUUUAUGUUCUCUUUGCCAGUCAACAAGUAGUAGCUGUGGAGACUUCAGAGGACAGAAAAACAGGGA